AUGGAUAACUAUGGUGCUGCCGACGAUCCUGGGGUGACGUUCUGCAUUGGCCAUCAUGAGCCGACCAGGACACUCAUGGUGACUCCCCAGGUGGUCAGUCGGGCCCAUGAGAGUAACUAUGAUUUGUUGACGGUUCCAAUUACGACGACUCAUUUCCACUCCAGAGUAUUGGGACUGUUGUCUUCUUAUCUCUCCAACUUGCAGCCGCCAUCGUUUGAUCGAAUUGGCACUAUGGCUACCUCGCAAAACACGCGUCCAUUGACUAUUCCACCUCUGACCAAAUUGGACUCGAAUCUCACUCCCAAUGAAGCCACGAGCCAGUUAGUUGGUGUCACUAGCAGCUGGAUCGACCUUUGCUCUCCAGAUCCAUUGAUUGCGGAUCUAUCUCGCCAGGUUCUCAUGCUGGAGGUAGCAUACGCUGCUUUCUGUGGCAUUGGAUAUCUUUUAAUUCCUAGCCCGAAAUUGCAUCACGGAGGUAUGCACUCGGAAGGCGUGGUAUAUUACGCGAGGGCUAUUCAGGAUGCGUUGAAUCUCGGCCCGUACAUUCAGUUUCAUAUUUGGUUGCGGAUGGUGGACAACCCCGAGCUAGAAGUCGAUAGCAUGGGUGAUUUGGCCCCGCUGGCCCGGCAAGAGUACCUACAGCUGGAGGCAGGCAAUUUGCCGAAAAUCGAUCCAUUCGGAACCUGGGAUGCGUGGGAUUUGAUAAGAAAAACAUGCAAAUAUCAUACACGGCUCUUUGUGGGUAAGUUGAACCCCCUCCCCCUCCUGGCUCUUGCCCUUCUUCCUCAUCUUGAGCAUCCUCUUAACUACAUCACAGCCCUGGCGAUGCCAAAGCAGCUUCCAGCUCUAUCUGUUCAAUCGCGCUGGCACUCAGAGCCAGUACAUCUCCUCACAAUCGAUGGUUCAUCGUUCUUGAAGAAUCCCAAAGGAUACCCAGUAUUGUCAAAGGCUCAUCAAGCCUUUAUCGCAAAAUUGAUGCGCCUUCGGACUCCUCCAUGGAUUUUGCUUUGCAACGUUGGGCCUAUCCCAGGUCUUGAGAGCGCUGAAGGGAUUGAGACAAACCAAUCCCAAUUGUCCAGCUCUGAAUAUCCGAGCCUAAGUGCCUCCAAAAACACCAUGAUCCUACUCCACACCUCUCCUAUGUACGGAAUUUGCAGCAGCGACAGCCCCCGCGCACCCCCAUCGAAAGAUUUGGCACAGAGCAUUACCUACGAGGUCUUCGAGAAAGAUCCAAUUAAAUAUGAGUGGUAUGAGCGCGCUAUUACAAAGGCUCUGAGGGACUGGGCAGAUCAGAAAAAGCCUACUUCUCACCCCGAUGGGAAGGUUAUUCUUGCGGUUGUUGGUGCCGGCCGCGGUCCCCUCGUGACUCGGGCGUUGAGAGCUAGUGCUGAAGCCGGGGUGGAUAUUGAUCUGUGGGCUGUCGAAAAGAAUCAAAAUGCAUUUGUCUUGCUACAACGUCACAACGAGACCAUCUGGGACAGCAAAGUCACGCUCGUUCAGUCUGACAUGCGGAGCUGGAAAGGUCCUCGAGUUCGACGACAGGCAACCGAGAGCGGAGCUCAGGACCCAGUUGGCGAGUCGCUAGGUAUCGACGACUCCUUGCUCUACACGCCAACGAAAAGGACCAAUGACCCCGGUCGGGCGUCCGAUUUCUCUGCGCCCACCGUAUCCGGCAGCACGUACACUUACGUAGAUAUUGUGGUGUCGGAGCUACUCGGCUCAUUCGCUGACAAUGAACUUUCGCCGGAGUGCCUGGAUGGUAUCAACGAUCUGAUCAACCCUGUGCACGGAAUUUCAAUUCCAGCAUCAUACUCAGCUCAUCUGACGCCUAUUUCUGCUCCAAAGUUGCACAGCGAUGUAGUCAACCAGACCGUCUCCAACCACGCAGCACCGGAGACCCCAUAUGUCGUUAUGCUCCACGCUAUUGAUUUCCUGUCCACCGCAGAAUCCACAGGAACGACGGAAAACCUCAAUCAGAACAAUACAAACCGUGCCUCUGGUAGCUCGAGCCCAACUCUCGCUACCGAGUUCCCAACGCCUUUCGUUCAGACCGCGUGGUCUUUCUCUCACCCAAACAGAAACAUUCCUCCUCCAUCUCCGAUACAGUCCACCAUCUCCAACUCGCACAAUGUCCGCCAGACGCGUCUUUCAUUUCCCACUCAGAACCGGGGUGUGUGCCACGGCUUGGCUGGGUACUUUGAAACGGUCCUUUACGGAGAUGUUGAGCUGUCCACGAAUCCAGUGACAAUGGACGCCAAGAGUGCCACCAUGAUCAGCUGGUUCCCUAUUUACUUCCCUCUGAAGACUCCUCUCAAUGUUCCCGAUAAUGGUGAAGUCGUUGUCACCAUGUACCGUCAAACCGACGAUCGGAAAGUCUGGUAUGAAUGGAUGGUGGAGGUGUAUGCCCUUGAACGCAUCUCUGCACCGGUAAUGAACCUCGCUACCCCUGCUAUGACUGGUAUCCGCUCCGGAUCUCCGAGUGUGGAUAGUUUGAAGGGCAACGAAAACGCUCAGAAACCACAAGGCGGCAACUCAAACCAAACAGGGUAUCGCCGUGUGCGUGUAGGCAUGAGCGAAAUGCAUUCGAGUAUCAAGGAAGGCUGCUUGAUGUGA